GCUGACAUGUCGGAGACGGUGCCGACAGGGCGGCAGUCAGCGGUCGCUCGGUUGGGUUCGACGAUGAGCGGUGGUGUCGGUGAUGAACAGUGUGAUGGAGUGGGGUGAUGGUCAUCAUGCGGGUCCGUGAGUGCUUGCUCGUUGACACCAGUCAGUACACGCUUACAUAAUUUGACUUGCCUAUGCGUAUUCCACGUGGGUGCACAAAUACAUUAAGAUAUAAAUGACUGAAGAACAGUUUUCAUGAUGAUGAAUAACUCCAUGCCUCCAAUCAGAUAGUGUAGCUGGGUCGAGCAACGAGCAGGCCAGUUGCAAGCACAUUUCAUGUGGCUAUGAAGCUGCCACCGCCUGGCGGCAUUAUUCACGAUUACGAGUCAGGAGCACACAACCAUGGCGACGAGAAGGGCGCUGCACUACGUCUUCAAGGUGGGUGACCGCACUGCCACGGCCAAGUUCUACAAAGAGAUCCUGGGAAUGCAGAUUCUGCGGCACGAAGAGUUCGAGGAGGGCUGCAAGGCCACUUGCAACGGGCCCUACGACGGCAAGUGGAGCAAGACGAUGGUCGGCUACGGGCCGGAGGACUCGCACUUCGUGGUGGAGCUCACCUACAACUAUGGCCUGUCUGGCUACCGGCGCGGCAACGACUUCCUCGGCCUGACCAUCCACUCGCGCCAGGCGGUGGCCAACGCGCGCCGGCUCGGCUGGCCGAUGCGCGAGGAGGGCGACCUCUUCGUGCUGGAGGCGCCCGGCGGCUACCCGUUCCGGCUCCGCGACGAGGACGUGCCGGCCGGCGACGACCCCGUGCGCCGCUGGGGCCUGGCCUGCUCUGACCUGGCCCGCUCCGUCGCAUACUGGGGCGGCAUCAUCGGCAUGACCGUGGCGGAGCGCGCCGCAUCUCGCGCGCUGCUCGGCUUCGGCGGCCGGCAGGCGAGCCUCGAGCUCGUGCAGCUCUCGGAGCCGAUCGAGCGCGCCGCCGCGUUCGGUCGCAGCGCGUUCGCGUGCCCGACGGCCGAACUGGCGCCGGCCGAGGCGCGCGCGCGCGCGGAGGGCGGCACCGUGCUCACGCCGCUGGUCACGCUCGAGACGCCCGGCAAAGCGGACGUGAGCGUGGUGAUCCUGGCCGACCCGGACGACCACGAGAUAUGUCUGGUCGGCGCCGAGGGGUUCGCCGAGCUGUCGCAGGUCGACCCGGCCGCCGACGACCUCCUGCAGAAGGCCAUCGACGCCGAUAAGUCGGAUCAGUGGUUCGCCAAGAAGGGCGGCAAGAAGACCGAGGACUAGGCGGGCCGGCGCGAGCUGCGGGCUCGUGGCGGGCGGCAAGGCGCCAACGCUGUGGACGGGAGAUCUGACCCAGUGCUGGGCUGCCGGGGCACGUGUGGUGCAAUGCUAAUUGUGUGUGGCAUUGUGUGGUGACCCGGAUGUUUAUUUUUGUAACAGUUUAUCGUCACUUGGCGGCGCUUCCUUUUGUCUUCAAAGUGGUGGGACUUAUUUACUUGCCGUCCAGUACGUCCAGUAGAUCGUCCCGUUGUACGUGCAACACGUGGUGCGGCAGUAUAUUGUGAUGCAAGAAGUUGUUAUGAAUUCUUAGACCCUGGACGUAUAACUAGUGGGGCGCCUGAAUACGUAAACGUAAGUGUCCUGUCGAUCACAAUUACAGCAAAUGCACGCUGUCGUUCAGUU